UUCAAUAACACAGAAAUAUAGCAGCAACCGUGGGCCACGCUACUAAAAAAAUAAAAUAGCUAAAACUUUUCUGAUGGAAAAAUGGAUCAAUGUAUCAGGCGCUUAGAUUAUACAAAAUCGUUUGUUUUGGCGCUGGAUCGAAACGAGAACCUAUAGACUUAAGAAUUAGCGACCCAAUAACUAACAUACAGUAUUUAUAUUUGAACAAUAAUUAUAAUGUUAAAUCUUAGGCGACCUUUCAAUAUUUAAACAUGGAUCUAAGGCAUUUUCUGCACGAAACGUGCAUCUUAAUGUAAGUACGUAUAAGAGACGUAGGUUGACACACACUUCUAAUAAUUUCUAAUGUGCAGUUUAGGUUAUUUAAAGCAGAUUUUAACGUUGUAACAAUAUUCAGAUGUGCAUAGAAAAGCAAGUAGCCACUAGCGGUUGUAGCACCUUUUGCGCUUUUGGCUAUUUUCUAUGUAUGUAUUAAAAAUAUACUAACUGAUUAUAAAAUAUUUGCGAUAAAAAAUAUGAAAACGGAUGUAGUUACGAAAUAUUCAUCCCAUCAUAAGAAUGUUGGAAGUUGAUAAUAAACGGCACCAUUACAUGUCUCGAGCCGAACGGUCGUCGAGACUUGCGGAAACGUUGCACGGCGCUCUCAUGAUUUCACUUUCGUUUUAUCAGUAUGGAGAAUCCGGUGAUUUCCAGAUACGUUCGCUUCCACUCUGUCCUUUGCAUGUUUCAUAUUACAUCACAAAUGUCACAGACUCAUGGAAUUACAUUAAAAAAAACAUAUGCAAAUUAUGAUCAAAGCUUUAAAUUAGUUUUUACAUAAUAUUGGAAUUGGUUUUAAGGUAGGUAAUCUAUGUUUCAUAUUAAAAUUAUUAAAAUUUGCAACACUUGCAGUUUGAUAGAUGAUCACAUUACCGACUUCGAGAGAAAAUAAGAGAUUUAUAAUCACUGCACUACUAUUAAAAGAAAUAGCAACGAUAGUUUCUUCGUGCAUAAAAAUCUAUAACACUAUGACACUGAAGAUAGUGAAAUGAAACUACUAAAUAACAGCGGUGGCAGUUAAAAGGUGAAUUAAUAUAAAUGUCUUAUAACAAAUAAAAGUAAAAAGUAAUUAUUUAACAAAUCGUAAUUGGUACGAUAAAAGAAUAAUUGUUUGAAAAUCAACAAGAAGCGCGAUUCGUAAAGAUUAAUAUCCUCUACACAUGCACACUGUUUUAGCAUUCCGUUACAUCAUAGAGCAAGUUUUGUAUCUAUACUAUAUUGAUUGAAUAUGCAAAAUGGAACAAACUCGCGCCAAAAUCUAUGAAACAGUUGAAAAAAAGAUUAUUAUAAGAAACACUGCUUCAAGAGAGACACAAAAGGAUCCAAAAAGAUUGACUAUUAUGUCGUUCAACAUAAAACCAUUGUUAGAUUAAUAAUGUAUCAAUGGCUAUAUAAGUGUUGCGACAUUUACUUUGUAGUGGGGCUGGAGGGAUCCGUAUAGAUUUUUUUUGUAGUGAAAGUAUGUGGUGGUGGCCGAAGUCUUCGCUACGAGUCAGAUACCGCUCGGCCGCGGCCGCUAGUCGGCCCGCAGUUUGCGAAAUGCCAUCAGCUGGCUGACGAAUUCAACAAUAGUGACCGCGGCAGUCGCGGGAUGACGGACAAAUAAAUAGUGCCGUAGCAAAGACAUCGUGAUAGGUUCCCUCGCGACCAUGUGCCGAUGGAGAUUGGUGGUGUUACAAGUGCUGCUUGUUGCUACCGUCCGCGGCAGGCAGAUUUCUUCCCCAGAGCAGACCAUCGACAAUCAUGUGUCACACGGAAAUAGGUCGUCGCGUUUUCUCUUCGAUGCUAUAUUCGGAUUAGAAGUUCCUCUGUUUGAUGAACAAAGCGUCGAAGAAGAAGAGGAAGAUGAUUCACAAACAAAGGACUGUUCCUGUGAGUGCGGCAGAGCGAACCCACUUCCUAGAAAGAUGGAAUGUAACGGACCGAAUCAAGAGAAUCGUAUCGUCGGUGGGUCUCCGGCGGCUGCUAAUCGCUAUCCUUGGAUGGCAAGGAUAGUAUACGACGGUCAAUUUCAUUGCGGAGCGUCUCUCCUGACCAAGGACUAUGUACUCACUGCUGCGCAUUGUGUUAGGAAAUUAAAGAGGUCCAAGAUACGAGUGAUCUUAGGCGACCACGAUCAGACAAUAACAAGCGAGAGUGCCGCCAUCAUGCGUGCGGUCAACACCAUCGUCCGUCAUCGCAGCUUCGACGCUGACUCCUAUAACAAUGAUAUCGCACUACUCAAGUUAAGGAAACCAGUCAACUUCUCGAGGAUCAUCAAGCCAGUUUGUUUACCGCCUGUUGGUGAGUGUGAUUAAAGUAAAAUCAAGGAAAUUAUUUUUCCUAUAUUCUAGUAAC